GCUGUCGGGUGAAGUCGGGCUUCCGUCGUUAGGGCUCAGCGCGGAAUAGCGUGUUCCAUCCUGUGACUGACUGACACCCGCCAGGGGCGAAAAAAAAGUUACUUUGAGUUCGCGGCCAGCACACUGCCAACAUGUCUGGAGAUGAAGAGACACAGGAGCAGACUAUCGCUGAUGACUUGGUGGUCACCAAGUACAAAAUGGGAGCUGAGAUAGCAAAUCAGGCUCUGAAGAUAUUAGUUGCAGCAUCUACAGCUGGAGUCUCUGUGCUCAGCCUCUGUGAAAAGGGAGAUGCCUUCAUCAUGGCAGAAACUGGAAAAAUCUUCAAGAGGGAAAAGGAAAUGAAGAAAGGCAUCGCGUUUCCUACCUGCGUGUCAGUAAACAACUGUGUAUGCCAUUUCUCCCCUCUGAAGAGUGACCCUGAUGUCAUACUGAAGGAUGGGGACCUUGUCAAGAUUGAUCUGGGUGUGCAUGUCGACGGCUUUAUCUCAAAUGUGGCUGACAGUUUUGUUGUUGGCGUGACCAAGGACAAACCUGUGACCGGGCGGAAAGCUGAUGUCAUCAAAGCAGCUCACCUCUGCGCUGAAGCUGCUCUCCGGCUUGUGAAACCUGGAAACCAGAACACACAGGUCACAGAAGCCUGGAACAAAAUUGCAAAGUCUUUCAAGUGUUCCCUGAUUGAAGGAAUGCUUUCCCAUCAGCUCAAACAGCAUGUGAUUGAUGGGGAGAAAACUAUCAUCCAAAACCCAACGGAGCAACAAAAAAAGGACCAUGAGAAGGCUGAGUUUGAGGUCCACGAGGUGUAUGCAGUGGAUGUGCUUGUCAGCACUGGAGAGGGGAAGGCUAAGGAUGGAGGUCUGAGGACCACUGUUUAUAAACGAGACCCCAACAAGGUGUACGGUUUGAAGAUGAAGACAUCUCGGACAUUCUUCAGCGAGAUGGAGAGACGCUUUAACACAAUGCCUUUCACUCUGAGAGCAUUUGAGGAUGAAGGCAAGGCCAGGUUGGGUGUGGUGGAGUGUGCCAAACAUGAGCUGCUGCAGCCGUUCACUGUGCUCCAUGAGAAGGAGGGUGAGUUUGUUGCACAGUUCAAGUUCACUGUGCUGCUCAUGGCUAACGGACCCCUGCGAAUCACCAGUACCCUCCAUGAACCAGAGCUCUAUAAGUCUGAGCAUGAGGUGGAGGAUCCUGAUCUUAAGACUUUACUUCAGAGCUCAGCCAGCCGCAAGACCCAGAAGAAGAAGAAAAAGAAGGCAUCCAAGACUGUUGAGAAUGCAACAGGACAGGCGAUGGAGACUGAAGCUGCAGAAUAGAUCCCAUUAAAUUGUGACAGACAUCUGAUGACCCAAAGGACAGGUGUCAUGAUUCCUUCUGUCCCAGCUGUCUGAGGCACUUGUGGGCAUAGCUGCUGUGAAUACCUCUGAAUCUAACUGUCAGUCUGGGACAAUGCUGCUCCUUAAAUUCUGUCACUCCACCUAAAACACACACAGAACCUUAGUAAAUUUUCAUGUCCUUGAGUCAGCCUCGCUCUCGCUCAACAGUGGCUGAACUUCUACCAUCCAAGAAGAUAUUUUCUACAAGGACAUAAUCACACAUUUCACCAUUUGACUGGCCUUCCAUUUACCCUCCACAGCAACUGUAGUAAAAGAUGUGGAACAUAAAUUGAGUUUGACGGAGCAGCCGAGGAUGAUGGGUGCACAGUCUGUGUAAUCAUAUGGCAUUUAGAGUAGUUCAUUAGGGUUGCACACCUGAAGCCAUGCCUUUUGAAAGGGGUGUAAACUCAUCAUAGACAGAAAAUUGUCUAAUGUUCACACAGUUAAUCGGCAUGACCUCUUUAAGUAAGUCAUAUCUGUUGAAUAAAGCUUAAUUACCACAUUUUUACUACGAUUGCUUAGGUCUGUGCUUGAAAUCAUUGUGUAUGCCCCUAAAUAUCUCCUGUAGGCUAUUUGGUUAAUGAUUUAUAAAACUGACAUUUUAAGAUCAGUCCUCUGAAUAAUUUAACUGGUGGGGAAAAAAUGUGUUCAGUGGUAGAUGGUCCUAACCCCUACCAAAGGUUCAUCAUUUGGUCCUCUGGCACCACUGCUGAGUCAGCUGAUCUGUGUUUACAUGAGAAUUCCAUAUCUGUCAGAUACAUGGAUGCUUUUAUAAAACAAAUCCCAGUUUCAGAGACUAUUUUUGGAAACAUUAAAUAACCACCUGCCAUCAA